AUGGCAGAUACAGAGAAAAAAGAUUCUUUCAGUGCAUCAACAUCUACCGCAGCAAAGAAACCUCUUGCCGAGCUUAAAAAUGGAAAAGUUAUCUUCAAGCAGAAGUCCAUAUCAUUUGAGAAGUCGUCAGAAGCGAUGCAAGAAAUCGUCAAGUUCCGCGAGAUGCUCGAGCAGCGAAUUGAGAUGCAGGAACCCUCCACUUACUGCUAUUCCAGACGAACACAAACCACUGAUAGUGAAGCUUGCGCAAGAGAGGGUGUCACUCCGCUUGCAAAGCAUAUCCGCUCCGAACUUCUGCCGUCUUUCGAUGAGGACGAUGACUCUUCACGCGAAAGCAUAUCAGUUGCUUUACCUCUUAUUGACAAAUUAUGGCCUGGAUGGUCCAUUGGAUACAAACUCCCUCCUAUUGUGUGCGUCUGGCGAUGGGAGGUCAAAGACGACUAUCGGGAUUGGUUACCCAAGUCUGCUAAGGAGAGAGCCGAGGCAAGAAUAGCUGAACGUGUCCAGGCCAAGACAGACCUUCGCGCAGUCUUCGAAAGUCUACCGCAGGAUGAGCGGGAUGCUAUCCUCGAUCCGAAAGGUAUCAACAAGCUCCCCACUAAAGACACCAAUAAGCCCAAUCCGCCGAGCAAUGCAACCGCCGAACAGGCUGAUGCAGCGGAGCUCAAGGACUCGUCGUCCCAGCGCGAGCCGAGUGUAAGUGCCAACGAACCCGAAAAUAUCGAUUCCGGGAGUGGAACUCCAAAAGCUCGACAGCGAAAAGUUACAGAUGCAGAGAAGGUCGCAAAGGCCAAAGAGAAGGAAGAGAAAAAAGCAGCCAGGGCGGAGAAAGAGAAGAAGCAAAAGGCGACCCAGGACAAAUCCCGGUCUCUUAUGGCUAACUUCUUCGGCAAGGCGAAGGCCCCUCCUCGCGAGUCACCUUCAAAACCCGUUUGCGGGGCUUCCAAUAGCGAAUCAGAUUUUCAGAAGACGUUUAAGCCUUUUAUCUUGAAGAAAGACGCAGAAAUGGCGCCGGUGAACUGGUUCUUAAAGCCUAGCAAACGAACUUGGAAGAAGCAGACCUCGGGUUUCAGCCCUGCAGACGCUAUCGUCGUCGAUGAUGCCCAAGCCUCGGGGACGAAUGACAUUGAUGUGUUCGUGUAUCGCACACCGGUAUUCAAUCAUGCCGAAGCCAAUGCGCAAGAGCGUCUCCAGGAUGUUAUGCGGUCGUUGCGGCCUCUUCGGCUCACGAAGCCCUGCAACCGAUCGAAAUCCUCCUUCAAAUCCUUCAGCGCAUGUAACGCGAAAGAUAUAUAUUCCCAGCUUAAUGAUGCUGAGAUAGCUGGGGAUACAUCUCAAGUUCGCUACUUAUCAGACAUUCUUUGGGACAGGAAGAUACUUCCAGCGAAGGUCUUGAUUUUCCAUGAAGAUGCGCGUCCUGGCUACUAUGGGUCUUGGACGAAGAACUCGCGCAUCGUUGGUCCCAGAUCACCUUUCGCUCGCGAUUUGCUUGCCCGAGAUUACGGGUACGAUUCUGGAGAGGAAUGGGAAGAUGAAGGCGCAGCAGAUGCGGACAACGUUGACGACGACGACGACGACGAGGGUGACGGCGAGGAGGGUGAUUCUGAUCUAGAAAGCUGGCUAGUGGAUGAUGAUGAGAUUGAAAUUGUUCCGGAUGACCGGGACCUAUCACCUUCACUCUUGGACAUACCCCUUCCCCCUCCCAAGAGGAAAGCAGAGCCUCUUAGCAAGCAGCCUGAAAAGAAGCGGAAGAUUGUGGUCCCUCUCGUCCCCUAUACCAAAGGUCCUCUGUGGGAGUCGGUCAUAGGUCAAUGUGAAUAUGAUCCUUUUAAACCAUACCGCAUACAGCUAUUUAAUGACACGCCAUACCCGAUCGACCCCUUCACCUUCGUUGCAAAGACUGCCGAAGAAAGUCAGCAACCAAAUUAUGAGUCUAAGUUCGCAAUUCCCUCCCUACCCAAUCGACUAUUAGGAAACAACAGCGCUGCAGAGUCACCAGCUGCUGCUGCUGCUCAGGCUUCAGCAAACAAGCGUGCUACCCCAGCGUCCACGCCGAAGACCACAUUCCCCGAUGCACACGUCCCUUUUCUUAUCAGCAAGAUCACGACCUUAGCGACAGCAAACCUCACAUUUAUCGUGGAAAGCGUUCACCAGGAGCUUCGUGAGCACAAAGUGAAAAAGAAUGCUAUCGAGGCAAAGGUACGGGAGGUGGCUGAGAAGUCAAAGGAGAAGAAAAUAUGGGUUAUCAGGGAAGGGCAACAACUAUGA